AUGCCGCCAACGCUCACUUCACCGUUCUUUCGCCCAAACGGCCAGCCAGCAAAAAGACCCUCUCCAUUAUCUACAACCCAAAAGAAACCCACACCAACACGAAAUGGGAGCAUACUGAACUUUUUUAAGAAAUCCGACACGGCCCCCAAGCCUACACAGCCUCGAAUUACAGAAUUUGGAGUCAGAAGCAAAGUAAAUGUGCGGGGACGUCCACGGCCAGAUAUAUCUAAUGACACUUCAACUGGGCUAUUUUUCGAAGAGGAAACCCCCAAUAACUCGAAUUCGGAACCUCAGACGGAUGGUAUUUCCUGUUCAGAUGAGCGAUAUGAGCUAGCGGACAUGCUUUGGGGCUCACUGCCUAACUCCUCCGGAAACAACAGUCGGGGGGAUGAUAGGUAUAACGAAAGUCCCGGGUCCGUGAAAAGACGUAGGACGAGCGAUGGAACCUAUAAAAGAGGGAUUAAUGGCCCUGAAAGCGCCGCCUCUAGUCCUAUUGGUAAUGAUGGGGAUGGCUCGGCUUCAGCUCGGGAAGCACCGAGACUAGAGAGCGAGGAUUCAUCAUCCACACCUACUAUUGCCCGCCAUGGACCCUUUGUGGACGAUUCUGAUAGCGAGGACGAUAGGAGUCCUUUGUGUGUUGAUGUGAGAGACACGAAUGCAGGCAAAAAUCCUGAAAUUGGAGACCGCACUACACAACCAUUUCCAGAUAUGGAAUUGCCAGAUGAUAAGAGACUUGAAGACUCUAGCUGCCAGUCAAUCAACCGGCCAGAGAGCGAAAUUGGUCCGGGGUGCGAUACUCCAAAUGAACUGGAAUCAACUCUCGUACCCGACGAGGAUUUAGGCCACUUGGUUGAGACUUUCUCUGACGACGAAGUGACGGUCUGCCCAAUAUGCCAAACUUCCCUUAGUCGGUUGUCAGAUUCUGAAGCAUCGCUGCAUGUGAAUGGCUGUCUGGACGGCGUUGACGGCGACUCUGCUACUGUCAUUUCUACGGUAAAGGAUACCCAACUCACGCAACAGCCUCCAAGAAUAUUGCCAAGAAUGAAAAGGAAAGAAAUUCCUCGACCUGGACAGAAGGAUCCCUUCUCGUUUUCCUCAGCCUCGUUGUCCACAUCUGCUUUCACCAAAAUUAUGUCAGCAAACGAAGAGGACACUGCGUGGAGCGUGGCAGCCUCUCGUGAAGAAGCAUCUCGGGGAAAGCAGGCCUACGAGCGGACCUGUCCUUUCUACAAAAUUCUACCGGGAUUUUCCAUAACCGUAGAUGCCUUUAGGUAUGGUGCUAUCGAGGGGUGCAAUGCUUACUUUCUUAGUCACUACCACAGUGAUCACUACGGUGGUCUAACAUCAUCCUGGUCACACGGGCCCAUUUAUUGCAGCACAGUCACUGCGAAUCUGGUGAAACAACAGAUAAAAGUAAAGCCAGAUAUGGUUGUUGAACUUGAAUUUGAGCAGAAGACCGAGAUACCCGACACUGAUGGAGUGAGCGUCACGAUGAUUGCCGCAAACCAUUGCCCCGGCAGCUCACUUUUCCUCUUUGAGAAGGCCAUCGGUAAGGGGAAAAAUGCAAGGAUACAUCGGAUCCUGCACUGUGGUGACUUCAGAGCGUCGUCGGCCCACAUAAAUCACCCCCUCCUCCGGCCAAAUAUCCAGGAUCGUCAUACUGGCAAGUUAAGUGAACAGAAAAUUGAUGUCUGUUACUUGGAUACGACUUAUCUAAACCCUAAAUACGCAUUCCCAUUCCAGCAGGAUGUUAUCUCCGCGUGCGCCCAACUAUGUGCAGGGGUGAACGAAGGUUAUUUUGACACGUUGGGUGCAAGGAAAGGACAAGCGAAGAAGUCAGGGUCCAUGACUCCACUUCUGCAGAGUAACCAGGGCUCGGACCGAAACUCCGUGGUAGACCAACACAAUCGCGGCAAAUUGCUUGUUGUCAUUGGAACAUACAGCAUCGGCAAAGAACGAAUGUGUCUAGGCGUUGCUCGUGCCUUAAACUCCAAGAUAUACGUUUCUCCGAACAAGAAGCGGAUAUGCGAGUGCUUGGAGGAUGCCGAACUAGCCAGCAUUCUGACAUCCGACCCCCUAGAUGCCCAAGUCCACAUGCACAGCCUAAUGGACAUGCGUUCAGAGACUCUGUCUGAGUACCUAAAAUCCCUUGGCUCACGUUUUACAAGGAUCAUCGGCAUCCGACCCACCGGUUGGAGCUACCGUCCACGUGGCGGAACACGGACUGACUGCCCUCCCGUCUCCGCGGUUCUAUAUUCAGAUGCGUGGAAACCUCGCUUCUCUAUUAACGACCUCGUCCCGCAACGUGGUAGCACAAAUGAGGCUGCAUGCUUCAGUGUUCCGUAUAGCGAACAUAGUUCGUUCCGGGAGCUGACGAUGUUCUGCUGUGCAUUACGAAUAUCGCGUAUCAUUCCCACAGUGAAUGUUGGCAGCCCCAAGAGCCGUGAGAAGAUGAAAUAUUGGAUAGAUAAGUGGGAAGCAGAAAAGAGGAAAAACGGGCUAUUUGGAAUCGAGGCCGAGAGUGAUAACAAGUGGUAG